AUGAUUCUGAUGUUCCUGCCUGAAGAUAAGGCAGGGGCGGAGCCUACCCCAGAAGAGAAGGUCAUCAUGCAGAAAAGGGUCAUUUUUUUUCCUGGAAGGGUAAAGGUUGCGUUCCGUAAGGGACCGCUGGGAUAUCUUCUGCAGGAUCCAACUGACCAGGCGAGAACAAUAAAAUACAACCUAUCUUUGCAGGACAAGUCGGCACCAAUUAAGCUGGAGCUUGUGAGACAAAAUGCUCUGAAUGUGGUCCGUCAAAGAGGAGGUGAUGCCUCAGACCAAAAAGAAGUUUUUGGUGAGUACAUCCUGCAGUUUGGGAAAUACAAGGGGAAGUCCUUCCGGUGGCUCCUUGAAAAUGAUGUGGGGUACACCAUCUAUCUGAUGAAGAACCUUCAGCAAGAAGAGGCUGCAGGAGUCACAAUGACCGAGGGGCACAGCAAGAGCAGCCUGGUCUCUUUUAUGCAGUACGCCCACAGCUUUGAGGAGAUUCUGUCUCUUUUACAUUACACGUCCAAAACUCCAGCUGCAACAGCGGCAUCACCAGGCGACGAUCAGCUGGUUGGUUUCGGAGCUCGUGCCAAGAGUACAUGGAAGGAGAUUUGGGACGGCAGAGCUGAUGGUUACGCGUCCUUUGUAAUGGGGGCUAAGUGUGUCCGAGGGACACGGAUGCAUAAACUGCAACAAUACCUGCUGAAGCAGCAGCAGUCUGCCCGUCCGCAUGUUCCUGCCACAUCUGAGCCCACAGAGAUGGAUGAAGACGCUGAGCUGGAGACUGCAAUGCUGAACAUCACCCCCUCUAAGCUACUGGUGCAGUCGCCAGCAUCAUCUGCGUGCUCAGCUGCUGAAGUGAAACACUCCACAGAAACAACGACAGUAAGCAGAUCUCUUAAGACUAUUGAUAUUAUUAACAAGAUGUUAUGUCUUGCAGAACCAUCUACUGUCCUUUUGAAACCACUGAUGGUCACUAGAAAGGAACUGCGUCUGUCUCCUGUGGAUGCACCAGCUGUGCCAGCUCUGAAAACACCAGUGCCCCUUCCUAAAGAGCUGAUGUUUCUUGUGCAGGAACCAUCAGCUUCCACACAAUCAAAAAAAGGUGUUUCAGCGACAGAGGGCAGUAUCUCUCGAGCGUGCAGGACACUUUCUUUUGAGGAAUCUAACAAAGAUGAACCAUGUUCCUCUGCUCCUCCUCCUUCAGUGUGUGUUCCACCACCUGUUCGACCGACAGCGCAAAGCACACCAACCCUUCCUAGAGUUCCUGCUCCACAGCUUCCUGGAUAUGAUAAUGACACGCGUCAGUGGAAGUGUUCUCAUCAACAGAGGAUCUGGAUGAAGACUGAGUUGGAAUCCAUGGGUCUGUGGCCAGGCUCUCCUCCUGUGAGCAACCCCAUGAAGACCGUGUCACUGUGGCGUUUACCUCCUCAACCUGAGCUGAUAGACACAGACUCUGAUCUGCCGUCAGCCAAAUAUUUUCAGCUUCAUCCUUUUUUUAUUUGGAAACCUGAAAAUGACACCUUGAUGGCUAGACUUAAGAGUAACUAUGCUCUGCCAUGCAUUGCGGGGUGUAGCAAAGCACAGGUCACGUGUGCAGGAGUCGGUAGACCUCGUGUGAUCGUGGGCAUCACAGGUCAGUACUACCUCUUCUCAUCUCGGCUGUGCUGCAAAGUCUGCAAGAAAAGGUGGUAA